AUGAAGGUUCUCCAAAGAAAAGAACAGAGUUCUCCUGGCCAGGCUCCGGGGAUCUUUCCCAGCCAAUUCGAUAAUCUCGUGCCUGUCACUCUCUCUUUGACAACCACAGACGAAGAGCGCAACGCUUUGCUCGCGUCUAUUGUCUCGAAAUCUGCGAAUCCAUCCAUCAGUGUCCAGGCGAAUGAGUACCGCAACGGUCCAGACCCCACAUCCAAGGCAUCUUUUCGGAAGUCGUUGCUUAAAGGAUUCCGGAAAGGUUGGCAAGAUGUAGCUACCGAAGCUCGAUUUGUCAGACUAGUCGAAGUGCUACAGAGCGAUGGAUGCGCUGUCUUCGCCGGACUGGUUGACGCUGCCUCUUUUCAGCAGCUCAUCGACGAUUUCUCGACCAUCAUGAACAAACCCAAUCUACAACAACGCCAUGAUACACCCUCGCUCAUUGCUAUGAUGGCAUACGCAAUGGGUGGCCCGGUUAGGAUGACCGAUGCCCGCGGCAAAGACACGGAACCAAUUUCGGUGAAUGCGCAAGACAAUAUGCUUCAUAUUGACAACACCCCCUUCCGAGAAGAAUACAAGAUCCUGCUCGGUUGGGAAAGGGGACAAGUGAAAGGUCCCACUGGUCAGAAUUUCACCUUCUUGCCAGGAACGCACAAAGGCAACCGCCCCAUCAGAGUGGACGAGCACUCCCAGCACUGGUCAACCGAGAACGACAGCCUGUUUAUUACUGACGAGAGCAUCGAGAGUGUGUUUGCAUUCCAAGGCGACAUCACUGGACACGACCCCAAAGUCAUUGAAUACCCUGAGCAGCCCAUCACUGUCCUUUUCAGCGCAGGCUCUCUGGUCCAUCACCGCUACCGGAACAGCGGCGGAAACACUCGAAGCUGUGUCAUCGCCGCGUUCCAUCUUGCCUCGGACCACCCGGGAGCGCUGGUACACUCAGAAGUCGCUGGGAGUCCACAGUCCGUGGCAGAAAUCCUGGUUGGUCACCAAGAUGGGACCGAAGUUGAGGCCUUUUGCUCCUUGAUCAGUCUUAAAGCCUCAGCUAUCGAAUCCAAAAUCUCUGAAAUUCUCAACAAGGAUCACCAAUCUAUCUUGGUCGACACGGGUAAUUUGACGCUCUCUGGCGAGAAGUUUGAUCGCUGGAGGGAGACCGUUAUCAAUGCCCCGUCGGCAACAAGACUCAAGUUCGAAGGGAGUAAUUACAUCUCCUUUGCAAACAAUUCCAUCUCGCGCGAUCUCCUGGUGAAGAAGCUCGCUGCUGCGAUGGCGUACGACAAGCAUGGGCUCUUGGAUCUGAUCAUAUACAUGGAUGGCCACGAGGAGAUCCGGAAACCGGCCCGCAAAAGCGUCUGGACCAUGUCGAGGGAGAAGAUUGCACAGAUCCUUGCCGCCUGGAUACCAGCCGUGGAGGGAUAUAAGUUUACCACUGCCGACGUACAGAAGCCAGCGCUUCUGCGGCAUAAGGCUGACAAGGUCGCCCGUCUGCUCCGAGAAAGCUUUCCGACGGUCGACUUUGCCAGUGCAGGAAGCAGCAAGGAGGAACAACAACUGACUUCGGCGCACCAACUUAUUGACGACCUGGGGGAGUCAAUUACGCGAUGCGAGAAGCUGGAGACGUAUAUCACGACUAACCUUUUCCUUUUCCUAAUUAUUGAUCAGAUCAUCCCGCUUCUCGAUUGGACUUUGAGACAAAGGGUCAUUGGAACUUGUGCGGUUUUCCUGAGGGCUUAUAUAGCCUGCGUACUGGUGGUUGAAAACAACCAAGGUAUCUGA